UUGAUUGUUCCGAGUUCUUGUUGUGCCGAAAAGAUCGAUGGUGUCCUUCGAACAAGAACAACGAAUGACGAAGGAGGAAGAACUACAACUACAACAACAACAACAACAACUACGAGUACCAAUACAAGACCAAACACGAGUGGUUGCACUGCGGUAUUGACCCAAUUUUCUGCUUUUUCUUGGCUUGCCGGGGCAGAGUUUGGUUGUUUCCAUUUCCAUCCAUUUGUCCAUCCAUCCAUACCUCCAUCCAUGAGAGUCGCUCUGCACCUGCUGGUUCUCCUAGCGGCCUCCCGGGCACCAGCAACCGCGAGGGAGAUACUAUACGAGGGAGACGAAGACAGGUCGCACAUCGUGAGCCCCCUUCCUCACACCUACCUCGACGAGUCGCUGCUCCCGAAGCGCUUCGACUGGGGCCGGGUGGCCGAUGCUUCCGAUGGCGAUGCCGACCGCGACGGCGAUGCUCCUGCCGAUGCCCCCCUCGCCGAUCCACCCCGGUUCCCCCGGACCCGGUCGAUGCUGACCCGGGUCCUCAACCAGCACGUCCCCCAGUACUGCGGGUCCUGCUGGGCCCACAGCAGCCUCUCGGCCCUGGCCGACCGCAUCAAGAUCGACCGGGGCGGGGCCGGCACCGAGAUCAACCUCUCGGUCCAGUUCCUGCUGAGCUGCGGGGCCUCCGCCGGGAGCUGCCACGGGGGGUCGGCCAUCCGGGCCUACGCGUUCCUGGCCGGGGAGAAACGCGGGACCGCACACCCGGUCCCCUACGACACCUGCUCGCCCUACCUGGCCUGCUCGAGCGACUCCGAGCACGGGUUCUGCCCCCACGCCGACACCUCCUGCGGGGCUUCCGCGAGGUGCAAGACCUGCGCGAACCCCUCCCACGAGCCCGGCGGCGGUGCCUGCGAUCCGAUCGGGUCCUAUCCGAACGCCACGGUGCGUUGCCUUGCUGCGUCGUUCGCUGCGGUGGUGUUGUCUUGGAAUUGCAUUGCGCCUUGGUUCCGAUGGCGUUGCGCUUUGCUGCUCUCUCUCUCAGUGGAUCUCUCGUCUCACCAACCUUCGCUCGCUGCGCUCGCCCUUUUUCAGGUCGCCGAGUACGGAAGCUACUCCCUGGACGACGGCAUUGUUCCGAUCAUGGCGGAAAUCCUCAUGAGGGGGCCGGUCAAGGCCUCCGUCAACGCCGGCCCGCUGCUGGCCUACGAGGGGGGGAUCCUGGUGGAUUCCCCGGCCAACCGAAACACCACCCACAACCACGGCGUCAGCAUCGUGGGCUGGGGGUACGACGACUUUGCCGAGCUCCCCUACUGGAUCGUCCGUAACAGCGUGCGUGUUGUCGUCUUUUGUUGCGCAUCGCUGCGUUGCCUUGUGUUUGCGUUUGCGGGGUUCCUUGGAUGUUUCUAGAAAAUCCAUCGUGCCGACUCACUUGCUCUCUUUCUCUCUCUCUUUGUCCCAUCUUGGUUUGAAUGUGUUCCUUGGAUGUUUAACACACAGUGGUACGUUGUACAUGCACAAUCUUUAGCAUUUCCUUUCCUUUUUCGAAAGGAAAGCCAGUGACAAGAUUCUCAACACCCAUUUCUUUUUGUUUCUCUCCUUUCGUUUGCUUUCGAUUGAUUGCGUUCCUUCGUGUGGGUUUUGCAAUCGUGUGGAAAUCUGCUGCUGCUUCUUCCUACCCAAAACACAGGGGCGAGUACUGGGGCGAGCUCGGCUUCUUUCGCGUCGAGCUCGGGAAGAACCUCCUGGGCAUCGAGGCCCACGUGUGCUGGGCGACCCCCGGAUCCUACACCGAAACGAACCUUCCGUGCCUCAAGGACGGGAGCAACUGCCGGCCCGGGGGCGGGCUUCCGCAGGGGCAGAGGCAAGCACGGGGGUGGGUUUCCCGCCGGUACGAGGAUCCGUCCAACCGCCCGGCGUAUUACGUCCGGCGGAGGCUCUUCCAAGCGGGGGUGGGGGGGACGGUAGGCCCCGCCGAGCACGCGAGCGACACAGCGCGGUGACGAGGCAAAGGAAACACGGAACGGGCAAUGUCUGUCCGUACGGUUCUUUGGAAAUCUAGCUCACGAGAAAAAAAAAUACAGCAAUGA